GGAAUCGCCGCCGACCAGCUCGUCAAUAUUUCACACAGCACAGCAACAUCAGCGCUGACGUUUCUGCUACGCGUGCAGCAGCGGAGGCAGCCUGUGCUGUCGUAGCCGGUGACGCCUUUCACUGGGCCUGCGUAAAAACAUUGCCCAGUGACCAUGGAAACAGUGGUUGCUCCUCCGCAAAUUCACAUUCAUAACAAGUCCAUAAACUCCACAGUUAUGCAGUUUCUAUAGGUACCAGCAGAGAAUGGAGAAUCAACUGAGGAUAUCUCUUACUCACAGAAAAACAAAAUGGCUCUCUCCAGAAGACCAUCAUACAGUCUCUGUUAACCAAGGCGGACCCACCCAGCUCGCCAGUCCUGGGAGAGAUGGCAUGCAGGGUCGGCAGGCUGUGGCUAUGCUGAAUUCAGGAAUGCCACCGCCUGCUGCCACCGCCCUGCAGCACACUGGCCAGUCCGGAGACAUGGCACAUCAGUAUUUCAUGCCAGGAAGAAAAAUGGUUGUUCAAGCCGCCACGGGAGACAUGUCAGCCUACCAGCUCUGCAGCCCCACGUCCAGCCUGCCGCAGGGCGUGAUGAUGGCGGUGUCGCCGGCCUCCCUGCACAGCCCACAGCAGCUGGCCGAGGAGGCCACACGGAAACGGGAGCUCAGACUCCUGAAGAACAGGGAGGCUGCCAGGGAGUGUCGCAGGAAGAAGAAAGAAUACGUCAAGUGUCUCGAAAACCGGGUGGCCGUGCUGGAGAACCAAAACAAGACUCUCAUCCAGGAACUCAAAGCACUGAAAGACCUCUAUUGCCACAAAACAGAAUAGCCAUUGGUCAGGCGUGGGAGCCAAACGGACAGCUAAAGGCAAAUAAGAGUGUGGUUUCAUAGUUCGCCAAAAGCAUUUGGGGCAGAAAGAGCUUGUAAUCCUGUGUCAUGUCCCUGCUUGUGGCCUCAGUGUUUUUAACAGAAGCGUUGUGAACCCCGGGUCCACGUGUUGAAGCUCCGUAGCUUCCGUGUGUGUGUGACAGUCAUGCCGCGCCUUGUCUCGCACACUUGUGUCUCCACGUGAAAAAAAACUGCGUAGUCGCCCCGGCUGUUGCGCCCCACGGCCAAUCCGAGUGGCCCUCAGGAGCUAUUACAGUACCCCACCUGCAGUCCCACCUCGCCUCACUAGAGUUCCACAACAAGGCGUUAAGAGAUGAGCUUUGGGGCAUGCACGUGACUCAGAAUCAGAAUAGGUCAGUCCAAUUGGAAUACCGGACAGGCACCCUCUCUGUUUUCCCUGUUGGUCUCUAUAACGUAUCAUUCCACUGAUUGUAAACA